AAGGCAAGGGCGGAACAAGUAUUUCGAUGAAAAGUUUGGGGGGGGGAUACAGCAGAUACGAAGAAGGCAUUGAACUGAUUCUGAUUGUUGAAUUUUUUUCAAGUAUUAUUUAAAAAAACAUACAUAAGAAAAAUGUCCUAUGAAACAAAGUAUAUAUUUGCUACAUUACCUAAAACACAAAGAGGACAACCUCUUGUAUUAGGAUGUGAUCCUAAAGGAAAAAAUUUUUUAUAUACUAAUGGUAAUAGUGUAAUCAUUAGAAAUAUUGAUAAUCCAGCUAUUGCAGAUAUUUAUACAGAACAUUCUUGUCCAGUUAAUGUUGCAAAAUAUUCUCCAAGUGGAUUUUAUAUAGCAUCAGGUGAUCAAUCAGGUAAAAUACGUAUUUGGGACACUGUUAAUAAAGAACAUAUUUUAAAAAAUGAAUUUCAUCCAAUUGGUGGACCUAUUAAAGAUAUAGCAUGGUCAUUUGAUAAUCAACGUAUGGUAGUUGUUGGAGAAGGAAGAGAAAGAUUUGGUCAUGUGUUCAUGGCAGAAACUGGUACAUCUGUAGGUGAAAUUUCUGGUCAAAGUAAACCUAUUAAUUCAUGUGACUUCAGACCUACUAGACCAUUUAGAUUAAUCACUGGAAGUGAAGACAAUACUAUUGCUGUUUUUGAGGGACCGCCUUUUAAAUUUAAAAUGACCAAACAGGAGCAUACUCGAUUUGUUCAAGCAGUGCGCUAUUCUCCUAGUGGUAAUUUAUUUGCAUCUGCAGGAUUUGAUGGCAAAGUAUUUAUUUAUGAUGGUAUAAACUCCGAUCUAAUUGGAGAAAUAGGAUCACCAGCUCAUCAAGGAGGAGUAUAUGGGGUGGCUUGGAAGCCAGAUGGUACUCAAUUAUUGACUGCUUCUGGUGAUAAAACAUGUAAACUUUGGGAUGUAGAAACUCGUUCUUUGAUUAGUGAAUUUAACAUGGGAACAACAGUUGAUGAUCAACAAGUCAGUUGUUUAUGGCAAGAAAAAUAUUUGCUAUCUGUAUCUCUAAGUGGUUUUAUUAAUUAUUUGGAUGUUGAUAAUCCUACAAAACCACUUAGAAUAAUAAAGGGUCAUAAUAAACCAAUAACAGUAUUAACUUUGAGUCCUAAUAGAAGUACAAUUUAUACUGGAUCUCAUGAUGGAUAUAUUACUAAUUGGAAUGCAAAAACGGGAGAAAAUAACCGUAUUCAAGGUCAUGGACAUGGAAAUCAAAUUAACGGAAUGAAAACUACAAAGAAUUUGCUUUAUACUGCUGGUAUUGAUGACACGUUAAGAUUAGUUGAUAUUGAUACAAAUAUGUAUACAGAUACAGUUAUAGUUAAAUUGGAUUCUCAGCCACGUGGUUUAGAUAUUUACAAAGAUAUAGUUGUAAUUGCAACCAUUCGACAGAUAACUGUUACACAAGAUGGACGAAAAAUAUCAAAUACAUCUAUUGAUUAUGAACCAUCUUGUAUAUCAAUUAAUCAAGAAAAUGGUGAUAUAGCUAUAGGAGCCACAUCAGAUAAUAUGCUUCGUAUAUAUGCACUAUCAGGUACAAAUCUAACUUCAAAAAUGGAAUUACAACAUUUAGGUCCAGUUACAGAUGUUGCUUAUAGUCCUGAUAGCAAAUAUUUGGUAGCUUGUGAUACAAAUCGAAAAGUGGUUCUUUAUACUUGUCCAGAAUACAAGAGGCUUGCACAUAAUAGAGAAUGGGGUUUCCAUAAUGCAAGAGUGAAUUCUGUAGCAUGGUCUCCUAAUUCCAUAAUGGUUGCAAGUGGUAGUCUUGAUACAACAAUUAUCAUUUGGAGCGUAACAAAUCCAGCAAAACAUACUAUUAUUAAAAAUGCUCAUCCCCAAAGCCAAAUAACACGUUUAGUUUGGUUAGAUGAGGAAACAUUGAUCUCAGUUGGUCAGGAUUGUAAUACUAAAAUAUGGCGUAUAGAACAGAUUUAAUUAAUAGUUUGGAAGUAUGUUUCUUCUUUUUAAAAGAGCUUCAUUUUUGAAUGCAUUUUAUUUAUUUUGUAGUGAAUGAAUAUUGUAUAUUAUUUUUUAAUAUGAUUUUCGGAAUUAAUUGAUCAAUCUGUAUUAUGAUUUUAUAUUUGAUAUAUCGGAAUAGUCAAAACAAGUACAUAGUAUAUACAAUCGAAAUUGCUACAAUGUCUUUUUACAUUUUUGCGCUGUGUCAAUUAUAAAUAACAUUUUUUACAUACAAUUAUUUUUUAGAUAUUUACAAUAUAAUGAAAAUAUAUUGUCUUUUUAAUUAUUCAAUUUUUACUAGGUGAUUGUAAAAAGAAUUAAUUAUGAAAAAAAAAAACAUCAAAACGGGACAU